AUGUACACAUUUGAAAAGGAAAGUGUAUUACCUGCGAGUGAUCCGAGAUCACCAUAUUACGUGAAUUUACCGAGCUAUGACUCCAAGCCAAUCGAUAACUUGGUUAGCUUUUUCAAGUACUGGAAAUACUUUGUCAAGUCGCUUAUAUACUAUUUGAAAGAAAUUAGCCUAGUAAAAGAGUUUGAGGCUAACUUAAAUCAACAGCUCAUCAACUCUGUUCAGUUCCCUGGCUACAAGGAUUUACCAGCUAAACUUUUAAGUACACUAGAAAGUCAUCUCAGCCCCAAUAAUAGUCAAAAUUCGACACCGGUAAAGGAAUUGAACAGAUCCCUAUCAUCUGUUAGCUUGUCUACGACCCCCACAAACUCUUCUAAUACGGGAUCAGAGAAAAGACCUCAUUUGUUUAAAACAAAAUCGAACAACUCUUUUUUAAAGCAUGGCUCGCAAUCACAAAUGGCUCCACUGAACAGUGGAGGAGGUAAUAUGCACAAAAGAAAUGUGUCUAUGACUUCUCUUAGUUCUAAGCCGACAUCGUUACCGUCUCCUCCAAUUACGCAUCACGUUAAUGACAUUAAAGUCCCACCUCACUUCUUUCCUAAUAACUCGCUUUUCAAUAGUUUUCCUCCUUUGUUGGUGAAUCACCAUUCGCAAAUAUUCAUCUCGCAAUUAAAGCUUCAUAAAGAGAUUACAAACAAAUUGGUUCCGAGAUUAGAAAAUUUGUUGAAGAACUUACUGAUGAAAAUAAAAGAAAUUAAGUCAUCUCUUAAGAAUGAUUCAUUUGCUAAUCCAGACGUAAUUAAAGAGGUUAGUAAAACAGGAAAGGUAUUGGAUACAUUCAUGAACUCAGUAGAAAGAUAUUCUGCCAAAGAACCAUUGCUAAAGAAGCAAAUUGAAGCUGAAGAGGAAGAAGAUAGAGGUGUCCUCGAGGAUCCAUUUUUAAUCAAACUUCAGGUAGAUUAUCAAGUCAAACAUCAAUUAUUGAAAGAAAACUAUCUAUUCGCUUCAUACGUUAAUUUGCAAAAUAUAUCUAAGGACCUAUUUACUUAUGUUUUAAAGGAACUUAACUUUGUGGUAGACAAAUUUGGAAAGUUGCUUAAUAGUGAAGACGUUUAUUUAUCUGAUACAGACUCAAUUGUGAAUCUAUAUUUGAAUUUGAAGCGCAAUGUUUCAACUUCUUCGCUUGAUGACUGGGAAUAUUUUAUUGCCUAUAAUCCAAACUUGUUGAAUACGUACAAAGAUACACCAGUUUCGGCAAAGAGAUCAAUAAGAACAUUUAAAGAUAUUGUUUUACCGUAUGCUGGUACAGUGCACACAAAGUGUAUUAGAUAUGGAGUUUUAUACAAGAAAUCGAAGGUUUUGAAAAAUUACAGCAGCUUCUUUUAUGUCUUAACUUGCAAUUAUUUGCAUGAAUUUAAGAUAGAUGGUGAACUUCAGAAUUCUCUGAAAAAGAAGGAAAAAGAUAAGAUAGGAGGAUUCAUCGGUCAUGAUGAUAUACCUGUUAAGUCUUACAAUUUGAAUGAAUAUUCCUUAAAACUGAAAAGUGAAAAGGAAUUUAAAUUUUUUCUAAUAAAAAACUCAAAUCCCAAUUGCAAGGUUACUUUAAAAUGUAUUAAUCUGGACGAUUAUACAGACUGGUUCAAUGAUUUAUACGAGUUACUAAAGUUUGGCUCUGAUCAUUAUCAAAGAUUUAGUUUAGUUGAAGAGAAAACUUUGGCGAAACAACAAAGUGCUACAAGAGACAAAAUAGCAUCUCAUAAUAAAGCACCCCCGCCCAGUAAUGGUCAGACAAGUCAGAAUAAUUUUAUAAGCCAUCUGAGUCAAAACAGCCAUGACAGUCUGAGCAGUGGUGACAGCCAAACCAGCAGCUCCAGACCAAGUGGUCAGGCAACUAAGGAUACCAAGAACACUGAUUCGCAGUCACAAAAUAGAGCAAGUGCCUUAAAAUUGAAUUUAAAAAAUUCACAUCCUAGGGGAAUACAAGAAAGCUUAACAGGGAUUUUUACUCCAAAAAUUAAAACCCCUGUACAACAAUCUCCUGGGGAGAAGAAUCCAUUCGACCAACAUUUCAUGAAAGAUAUCCCCACAAGUGCUGCGUCCCCCAAUUUAUCACCAACUGAAACUGCAUUCCCAGAUAGAAGGUCGUCCCAUGAAGAAGAGCAUGAAAAUUAUUUGCAGAUUCAGAAAGAAUUCUUGAAGCAGCAGCAGGAAAUUUUGAACUUGAAGAUCAAAGAACAACAAUUGAUCCUGCAUCAACAAAAACAACAACAGCAACAGGAGGCAAUAAACUCGAAGCUUAGAGAACAAAUAUUAAAUCAGUCGUCAAAAUCUUCUCCUAAUCUUGACGCUUCAAACGAUAUUUCACUGCUAUCGAGAACGUCAUCUGGUGAAUCAAUAAAUUCUUUUCAACCAACUUCUAAUGUUCAAAUGAUGUUGAAUUCAAAUAGAGAUUUACUAAAUCACUCUCACGAUAAGAGACCUUCGUUUACACUCAACGACGAUGAUAGCUCUACGACUGCGAUACAGGAUGUCGAUAGGAAUCCAAAAUCUGAUUUGAAGCAUCUGUCAACUUCCGACUUACCAACUGUUCUUAUAAGUUCUGACCAUUAA